CUUUCCCGCUCCUUGUUCAAAGGCGCCCGACACACUUCCACGGAGAGCGGUCGCGGCCAGCGAGACGGCCAGUGAAACAAUCCGAGAUGCAGCCCCCACAGCCCCCAGUCACUCGAGUACGGACGAUGCACCCUGUUCGUGCUCCAGCUGGGGAGGGCAGCCGCAGCAGCAGCGGUUCUCGGUCGGCGCCGCCCCUGCAGCAGCCGAGCCCCUCCCGCUCCCUUCUCCCCCUUGGCUCCAACGUCUCCUCCAUCAGUUCAAGCCGCGAAGCCGCCCCUCUCCCUGCGUCCCGCUCAGACACCCGUGGCUCGCUCCGCCAUGCGCCGUCGCAUCGCGGCAGCAUGGUGGAGAUGUCGGUCGGCAGCGGUGGGCUCGAGCGGCUGCACUCGAGAGCCGGCACAAGUGGACAGUUGCUGUCGGCUGCGCUUGCGCCGACCUUGCGGAAGCCCAAGGGGCAGACAGUGACCUUUGAUGGGCCGAGGGGGGAUAGGAAGAAGAAGAACAGUCUCGGCCGGUAAGACAUCGCACGUAGGCCGGCCUUUUUGCAUGACUGGCCGCUCUGUGUAUGUGUGUAUGUGUGUAUGUGUAUGGGUGUGUGGGUGGGCGUGUGGCGUUCAGGAGCCAGACGACCAACUUUGGUGGCAGCGCCGGGAGCAGCGGUGGAGGCGGCCGCACCAUCACGCCUCCCGUCGCCAUCUUUGACCCGGGCGACCACCCCGGCUUCUCGCGCCGGUCCACCUUCAACAGGACCGCCCCACCACUGGUCAGUCAGUCAGGGUGUCUCUGAUGCCAUGUGACCGGCCCCAAAAUGCAUUGAUGCUCCCGUUGUCGGUCUUGUGUGUAUAUCUGUGUGUGUCGGUGCAGAUGGUGCGUCACCGUUCGUCUCUGGGCAUUGCGGCCAACCAGCAGCACCAGCAGCAACCAUCAAGCCCCUCCGCCCCCCCACAGCUGCGCACCAGCACAGGCCGGCUGCAGCUGGACCCUCAGCCAUCCCCAUCCCCAUCCCCAGCCUCGCCCACCAUCUCUCCCUCACCCCAAGACACCCUCUCGCCCACCGCAGCAACGGCAUUCAGGCGAACGAUCGACACCCCAUCAGGCGAAAGGCGCUUGGUCGUGCCGCCGCUGUCCCCCUCAGACGGCGGGAUGUCUGUCGAUGAGCUGCGUAAGGGGCCGGCGGCUGAGUUCUCCAGGACCAUCAGCUUCUGGGACGCCAUGCAGGGGUCGCAUCACCUCUUGGACGAGGAGGCGGACGACGACCAUGGAGAGGAAAGGGGUGGUCAGCAAGAAGAGGAAGAGGUCCAGCAGAAAGCUGGGGAUGCCGAAUGUGACGAAGCCGCCAACGAGCCAGCGGCGGACACUUCACAUUCAGAUGGCGAACAAGAGGUAAUUCCGCACGUCAUUCUUUGGGGUUUUCAUAUGGCCGGAAAGUAAUCCUCUGUCAUCGAUACUCCCUCGCUUAGGUCCAUGACGAGCCCCCGCCAGCACUGGAGGUCCCCGACGGCCGGUCCAAGUCUGUGUCUGUCACCAUAUGUCCCGAUGGCAUGAUGGGGGGUGGCGAUGGUGACGACGGGCGGGCGGACCAGCCGAGCCCCACUUUCGGGGGCGGUGUUCGGCGGAAUCUGUCUCGCAUCCUGGCGCGUUCGUCGACGUUUGUGUCAGACGGCAGCAAGCCAAAGGAGGUGCAGAACGAGCUCAUCCUUGCCGCUUCUAUCGGUCGGUAAACCACACACACAAGGAGAGGGACAGCGAGAGAGCUUGACGGCUGGAUGUGUGUGGAUUGUCUGUCCAUCGAUCAGGCACUCAGCUGUUUGCUCAGAAUCAGGAGCUGAUGACACAGAUCCAGAAGCGACAGACAGCAUCGGCAGGCGCCACACCCCUGCAGUGAGCAAACCAUGGCCAUCCACAACCAGUUAGUUAACACAAGAGACAAACAGAGUGUGUAUGCCAUGUCAGCCGUGAGGAGUCCGGCUUCAUGGUCGAGGGUGUUGUGGACACCUCCCCCAAUGUGCACGACAGCCUCACCUCAUCGCCCGCACUCUCCAACACACCCGCCUCGCGAAACAGAUCCAGACGAGGAUCAGUCAUGUACUGGACGGACAGGCGGAGAAAUGAAUGCAUCUCUUGCGUGGAUCGUGCUGUGUUGUGUUGUCUUGUGUUGUGUGUGGCAGCUCUUCGCAGAUCCGCCGCGUGUCUCACAACCAAGCACUGGUACGGUGCGUGAGCGACCUGUGUGUGUGUGCUGUGGAUGGAUAGAGUCGUGUGUGCAGGCGAUGGAGGAGCUUCACGACGAAGUAGACCGUCUCACCAAACAGUGAGCAAAUGCACAAGGGGGACCUGCUGGCAGCAAUGAUGGCAUCCACUUCACCCCUUCCUCCCCUGUGUGUGUCUGUGCCCACGCACAGGCUGCAGGUGACAGAGGCAGAGCUCUUCAAGCUGCGGCGCGGGACGCACGCCGACGUCAAACACUACCAAGACCAAAUCGAAGACAAAGAGCGCGUGAGUUAGCCAGUGGGUCGGUCGAUGAGUGCAUCCAUCUGUGUGUCUGUGUGUGGAGUGCAGGAGAUCAACGCGCUUCGCCAAGAGGUGACUGACCUGCGGUCGAAGGAACACCACCACAGACGGACCACCGAGAAGCUUCGCAAGUAAGUGAGCACGUUUAAGGUUGGGCGUGUCUAUCAUGCGUUCGACGUGUCUUUGUGCAGAGAGCUCAACGAGCUGUCGACUUCUGGCAAGGUGAGUGAAUGGGCAAAGAGUAGGGGAGAAUGGUGGACUGGACGAUGUUUCACUCUCUCUGUGUGUGUGCAUGCUAUGCCUUGGUGUCUGUCUGCAGCACUUGUCGAAUGAGCCAGAGAUCACUGACGAGUGGUACAGCACAUGCACGUGCUGACCUAGCAUGGACGGGGGGAUGGGUGUGCGGAUAUGGACUGCAGGGCCAAGGAGCGUGCCGAGGAGAUCGCCAAACUUAAGAAGGGAUUCAGAGAACGAGAAACAACACUUCUCGGUGGGUCAGUGAGUUAGUGAGCAUCCUUAUCAUUGACUGAUUGACUGAUGUCUGUCUCCACCGGAAAUGGUUGGAUGGCAUGGAUAUAUGCAGAGGCUCUCGACGCAUCGAACAAGAAGGGCGAGGCACUGGAGGAGGAAACCAACAAACUGCAGGCCGAAAUUGCCACCGUAGGCACAACACCAACACCAACAGCACAGCACACCACAGCACACCACCGUCACAGACACACACCAUGCUGUCAACGCCAUUGUGCAGCUCAAGAGCAUGAUGUCGGACUAUGACGCCACAUCAGCCAAGGUAAGAAACAAGAAGACACACGCAAACACAUGUUCUCUACUCCCUCCAUAUAUUCUCUGCCUGCUUGUGCUUGCUUGUGUCAGUUACGCGAGGAGUUGGAUGAGCUUCAGUCGACGAUAGAGGGCGGCAACAUGCGGGCGGCCGCCGCAAGACGCGGACGCAGAAUGACUCUGCAAGACGAGCUCAGAGAGGUCAGUCGGCCUACACAGACCUUACAAUCUCAGCAUUCCUUUCUCUGCACACGUGGCAGGCUGUGUUUGAUAUCGGGGCACAGCAGAAGGAUGACGGCAAAAGCGGCGGUAGGGAAAGACUGACAGCCUGACAGACAGACAGACAGACAGACAGACAGACAAGUGGCCAACUUGACGCCUGAGAAGUGCAUCUGUCGACGAUGACAUUCACCCACUGUCAGGUGUCGGACCAGCCGCAGCUUCGCGAACACUCCCUCCGCGGCUCCCCCUACCCCAGCUCCUCUCAGAAACGGUGUGUGUCUUUCGUGUGUAGCCAUCCACACACGACCAGACAGACAUCCGUGUGUGUGGGUGUCUGUCUGUCAGAUCCCCGAGGACGAUGUGGCCGAGUUCAACUCGCAGACCUCGGGCAGCUCGUCGCAGAUGAGCAGCUCGUUCGAGGAGUCGCAGGUGUCCAGCCCGCUCGCUGCCUCGGGCAAAGACGUCGCCCCACCCCCACCCCCACCACCUCCACCCGACACUGAGGUCGGGUCAAAGAUACACGGACUCAAGGCCCUCGCCGAUCGAUUGAGGAAGCCUGUAAGACAGAGAGAAAGACAGAGAGAGAGAGGAUAGAUCAACGGGCGACUUUCGUGAUUGCAGAAGGUGUGGGACAUCUUGCCAGACAAGAAGGCUGCUGGUGUGCAGUCGGAGGGCGACUUCCGCCGGCAGGAGUCCCUCGACGAGGCCCAAAGCAGGUGGAGGAAGGAGGCAGAAGGCCUCAACGCACAAAUGCACAUCCUUGAGGACAAGGUGGGUGCGAUCGAAGGCAAACAUGUGAUCGGCUCCGGCGCAAAUGUGAUUGAUCCAUCGCUGUCCUAAAUGCAGCUUCGCGAUUGUGGUGUGGGCAACGAGGAGGCUCUGAAGGCUCUCGAGAAAGAUGUCACCAAGCUGGAGGAGCUCGUCCAUCAGAAAGAACAACAAUUAGUGCGCUCUCCCCUACCGUCAACAAACAGCACACUGCACGGACGGCAAGUCCGAAGACUCUGUACUUUCGUGUGUGUGGUGACGCAGACGGAGGCUGAGAGCACCCUCGAGGCCACAGCUGCGAGACUGGCUGAGCUGCAGGCUGCAUUCGAGAAUACUCAGCAAGACCUUGCGAAGGAGAUACAGGCCAGGGUACACAGGAAACCGCCCUCUCGAGGGCAGCAGAAGGAGAUUCAUGUCUCUCACCCUCCUCUUUUCAGGCCGACGAGGGGGCCCGCCGGCAGGGCACAGAGGAGCUGAACGAGCGGCUGAAAUCCGAGCUGAGAGACCUCCACGCCGCCCAGAUACAAGCAGAGGCCGACAAGCGGGAACUGAUGGCCAAGCUCGAUGCUGCAAAGGCCGAUAUCGAGAGGGAGAAGGAGAAACCGAAAGAAAGAGAGAAAGAGUACGUCGAGGUGCCGGUGCAUGUGCCCGUGCCCCUUGCUGCGAGGGUCAAGAAGCACAGAGAUGAUCGAGACGAUCAGGAGAAGGAGAAGGAAAAGGAGAGGGAGCCGUGUCCCGACUACGACGCAGUCAAAAAGGAACUGGCGGGCAUCAAAGAGGCGGGUAGCGAGCUGACGGAGAAACUCAAAUCCAUCAAGGAAAAGGUAGGCCUCGAUCAGUGCCAUCAUCCCAUCAGCAUAGUCAUACUGUACUGUCAUUCUUGUGGCAGCGUGAGCAGCAGAGUAGUCAGGAGGGGGCAUCGGCAGCAGACCUCGCACGUGGACUCACAAACAUCGCCCGCAAGAUACAGGUGCCUCCCUCUGGCAAGCAGGGGGAAGACACGGAGACCGUCUGCAUGAGUGUCCCUGCUGUGUUCUCCUGCAGUCGGAGUGUCGCGAGCUGCGUCAAGAGGUCGAAGAGGCAAAGAAAAGCGUAAGGUUAAAAGAACAGCAGAGGCUCAUCAUGUCUCCUCGUUUGUCGUCCACAUGCAGCACAAGGAGGAGUCUGCCUUCCGCAGCAGCCUACCCAUCGCAGCAGGACCAGACGAGGCAGACACUAUCAACCAAAGGGUCCUCAUCCGGCCCCCCCUGACCUCCAACAUCCGCAUUGGCCCGCGCUCCGUCAAGCCCCUCACACUCCACCCGCCCCCACUCGUGAAGGCAGUGCGGCAGACCUCGUCGCCCCCAUUCUCCCCUCCCAUGCGCCCCUGCCUCAUUCCCCACCCGCUGCUGUCUCCCCGCCCAUCGCCUCCACCACUGAUCGUCAGGUCGCCGCUUGGCAGAUUCGGUCCAUUGUUGCCUCCGCCCGGUCUGGGGCUGCGGCGGUGCUUCAGUGACCGACGGCUGGACUCCUAUCGGCUGCUGUCCCCAUCGCCAUUGCCAUCGCCGUCGCCAUUGCCAUCGCCAUUGCCGCCCCGCUUUAUGCCAUCUCCCCUCCAGCAGAGAGCCAUGAGUGGAUCGCGGUCGACUCCCCAUCUCGCUGCCGCUGUGCCUCGCGCCAAGCCGCCCCUGCCGAAGCGAGAGGCUGACAUGAUCGCUGAGGAGAGACGUCGGUGUCAGAGUGUGGGGGCGUCAUGGUGCUGUGACGGCAACGACAAGGGCAAGGGCAGGAGAAAGAAGGCAAUGUCUCCCUCUCCCUCUGCUGCCAAGCUUCCGCCGCUGCACGUGGAGGCGCGCUCUGACGUGUCGAGCUUGCCUACUCCACCGGGGUCGUCUCGGUCGCCCCACCGCCGGUCAUCGCCCUGCUCUGUCUCUGCGCGGCCACGUCUCAGACUAUUCGGCAACCAUGGAGCGACGCUGCGGUCGAGGGCGUCCAUUUCCCCCGCUGCUGCUGUGAUGCCAAGAAGAACACCUGCACCACAGAUGCCGCCCAUCAUGCGCUCGCCAUCAUCAGACCAGCGGCUCCCAGGCGAUCAUCGCAUUGCUCAUCAUCAUCCCAUAAUGUCAGAGAGGAUCAGCCGCUGCGUCACUCAGCCAGCAGGUACGCAGACAACGCCAACUGUGGGUUCAUCUGUUCUGGGUCCCAUGUGUCCACAGGUAAUGUCAGUCGUCCCCCUUGGCUGUUCCUUCCCCCAAACCGACGUGACGUAAUCGUGCCAGUGAGGCCGCCCUUCGGCGGCACAUACUGUCUCCCCCCAAACCAGCCAGCCCCGGACCAAUUCGGCAAAACAGUGAGUGGAGUGAAGUAGCACUGUACAUAAAGUUUGUUGGACGGACUUAUACAGUAGAAUAGCGGCCAUUUUGUAGACAGCCAGACAGACAGCCAGACAGACACACAGAGGCGUAGGCAACGUAGAUCGACAUUAGAUAGAGACGCUUCCUGGUAGCGACACACGACUGACUGUGCUCUGCGUGGAUGUCUCCCUGAACACUGAACAAAGAGACGCAUGGCACUCUGCAUUGAAUCAGUCAGAUGUCAAAAGCCGACCUUUAGCAUGUCAUUCCAACUACAAAUGGCCGCCUAGACGUGUCUCCGGCUG